AUGGCAGCAGCCAAUUUGCAGAGUCGGAAACUGGCGAGCUUCGGAAAGCGAUUUGUAAGCCAGAUCGUUCCGCGUGAUUCUACUCUACUCCCAACCACUUUUCUCUCUCUCAGGAGGGGGGUGCACGUUUCGGUGUAUGACAAGAACCCGGAGGAGCAUGUCCGCCCUACUGUGGUACCAGACGAUAUAAUCGCACCCCAAUCUGACAAAUAUUGGGCUCCUAACCCGCAGACUGGCGUGUUUGGCCCAGAAACUGAUCACAAACCAACUGCAGGCACUGCUGCAACUGCAAGCGUUAGUGAAGAUUCAGUGUUGGAACAGAAGGCCUUUUUCCGUCCUCUUGAGGUUGAGGAUUUGGAGAAACCGCUCCAUCCUUGA